GGGAGCGCGGGGUUUGAUGGGAAGGUGUUGGCCGGGCCUCCAGCUCUGUCAGGGGUGGCUGCUGCCUGCUCUGGAGGCGAGCUCCGUGGUGGCGGCCGAAGGUGGCAGAGGUGGACGCUAGCGCCGGGCUUUGCCCGCUUCUUGUUGAAGCUGUGAAUUCGUUUGGACAAUUGAUGAUAUUUAUCAUUGUGCCCAGUUUCUACAAAUAAAAAAUGGGUGGAUUAUUUUCUCGUUGGAGGACAAAACCUUCAACUGUAGAAGUUCUGGAAAAUAUAGAUAAGGAAAUUCAAGCAUUGGAAGAAUUUAGGGAAAAAAAUCAGAGAUUACAAAAAUUAUGGGUUGGAAGAUUAAUUCUCUACUCCUCAAUUCUCUAUCUGUUUACGUGUUUAAUUGUAUACUUAUGGUAUCUCCCCGAUGAACUUACAGCAAGACUUGCCAUGACACUCCCAUUUUUUGCUUUCCCGUUGAUCAUCUGGAGCAUAAGAACAGUGCUUAUUUUCUUCUUUUCCAAGAGAACAGAAAGAAAUAAUGAAGCAUUGGAUGAUUUAAAAUCCCAGAAGAAAAAAAUACUUGAAGAAGUCAUGGAAAAAGAAACUUAUAAAACGGCUAAAUUAAUUCUUGAAAGGUUUGAUCCAGAUUCAAAGAAAGCAAAGGAGUUUGAGCCGCCAUCUGCUGGAGUAGCUGUAACUCCAAGGCCUGGACAAGAGAUUCGUCAGCGAACUGCAGCUCAAAGAAACCUUUCUCCAACAACAGCGGACUCUAGCCAGGGCCCUCCUCCACAAGUUCCAGUAUCUCCUGGACUACCAAAGGACACUUCAGCCCCUGGUGGACCCCCAGAAAGAGCUGUUACUCCAGCCCUAUCGUCAAAUGUGUUACCAAGACGUCUUGGAUCCCCUGCUACUUCAGUGCCUGGAAUGGGUCUUCAUCCUCCUGGUCCACCUUUAGCAAGACCCAUUCUGCCCCGAGAACGAGGUGCUCUGGAUAGAAUUGUUGAAUAUUUAGUUGGUGAUGGUCCACAGAACAGGUAUGCCCUGAUAUGUCAACAGUGUUUUUCUCACAAUGGCAUGGCUUUGAAAGAAGAAUUUGAAUAUAUUGCUUUUCGUUGUGCCUACUGUUUUUUCUUGAAUCCUGCAAGAAAAACUAGACCUCAGGCUCCAAGACUUCCAGAGUUUAGUUUUGAGAAGAGGCAGGCACUGGAAGCCUCAAGUACAGUUGGUUCCUUGCCCUCGGGAAGUGUGAUUUCAUCAGAGAAUCAGAUCAGUGAAGGAGGAGCAAUACCCCAGAUGUCUCAUUUUCUGUCAGAUAUCUCCGGAAUGAAGUCUAACUGGCUCAAACUCAACCCUAAUAAGAAUCUUUUGAAGAACAAGGUGUUCUAGAUACCUGUACAGAGCAAACAGAUGACAAAACACUAGAUACAGAGCAGACAAACCAAGUGAUUGAACAAGCAUCUGGCACAGAGGAACCAGAGGAGAAGCAAGAAGAGACCGAGAAUGAGGAAACCUCAAUGAAUGAAUCCAAAUCACCAAUAUCGAGAGCUGAUGCUAUUCCUAAUCCUGAACUAAGUGGAGAAUCAUUGACAAUGUAGUAAAUGCUUCCACGUGCCUUCAACUGAUAUUUGUAGUCUUGUUGAUGCCAGUUAUUGCUUUUUUAGGUGGUGCUUUCUUCCCCCCACCCAAAGACAUGCUUGAUAUCAUUUGAAUUCAGAUUGCUAUUUCAGUAUGUCAAAGUUACGUCUACUGGGUAUUUAAAUUAAAAGUAAGUGAUAUCAGUACAGUAAAACCCUUUUUAAUGUGCAAAACUCCACACUGUGUAGACAGCUUUUAGGUAUUUAUUCCCAUUCUAAAAGUAAAAAAUAUGAUAGAGGUUUUGUUUUCUAUUUGUGACCUGUAAAUACUAUCCAUUUUGACAUAGGAAGAACUUUGGUUAGGAAUAAGUUCUAAUAGUGUUUGUUUUAAGGAAUGAUACACAAUUAAGAUUUUUAAUACUUCAUCAUUAAAGUGGAUGGAAUUUUAACUCUUAAAAUAUUUGCCAGGGAGUGAAAUGUUUAUUUAGGCAUUUAUAUUAAGAGGUGUGAAAGUUAUUGCAGUAACAAUAUAGGCAUUGGUUUUCUCAGUAAGAAUGCAGUUGAACUGUCAAGUGCAGUGUUACUUUUGGAUGUGUCUUAUUUUGCACCUGGGCCAGAGGUACCUGAUGUAUAUAAUUAGCUUAUGUUUACAUAUUAACAUAUAGGAAAUAUCUCUGCAUUUGACUGCACUUGAAUUUUGAACAUUAUUUAUAUUUGUAAAAUAAUGAUGAUAUUAUAAGUGAAUUUUGUGCUCUUGUGUGUAUUUUGCUAAGGAAAAUAAAGAUGAUCUGGUAGCAGUUUCCUUUGUUAAAUAUCUAGACUUCUUCAGACAGUAUCUUGAGGAUGACUUGGCUACCCGAAAAGUCUAAGGAGGAAGAGCUCACAAUUCAACAAAUCAGCAGAUUCUGCUGAGUGCAAAUUAUGAUCUUUGUAUUCAGACUUAUUGCCUUUCAAAAUCAGAGAAAUAGUGACAUUUAGAGGUUCUAAUCAGAGAUUAGAUUUUUCUGAUUCGGGAAGCGCUUAGGCCAUUUGUAGUUUUUAAUUUUGAGAGACAUAGUUUUGUGAGAAUAGGCAGUUAUUUACUGGUAGUUCAUUUGAUUUAAUAUGUGUGUUAAGCAUCAACUGGGAAAUUUUUUUUGACCCAGAGUGAUAAUUCUUGGACUUUAAGUACAAUGUUAUUAUCUUUUCUACCUUCCUUUUAUCUAUUAUUAAAAAAAAUUGAAAUCAAGUUGUUAUGCCAAAAGGAAGAAUGUAUAGGAAUGGUGUAUAUGGCAAGUAUUUCUAAGUUGUACAGUUCAUUAAAAAUUUGAUAAAAUAUUUUUUAUUAUUUAAAAUUCAUCUUUAUGAUCUAAUAUUAUAUCUGAUAGGUAUUUUUAAGGAACCCAAUGUCUUAAUAGUCUCAGGCAUCAUGGUAUAAUGAGUGACCAGAGUUUUCAAGAGUAUAGGACUAGGCUUAAAUUCCAGCUCUGCAGUCUUGGGCAAGUUGCCUGACUUCUCUGAGAUUAUUUUUUUCUUCUGUAAAAUGGAAGAAUAAUACCUACUUUGGGGGAUAUUGGCACAAUUAAAAAUGAUUUGUGUAGUGUGCCUAGCUCACUGUCUGAUAAUUAAUAGAUAUUAAUUAUCUAUUAAAUGGUAGCAUUUUAUACUAUUGAUGUCCUUGUGAAAUAUGAAAGGACUAUAAAUUCUUCCUCUUGCAGAUAAGAAAAUGAAAAAACAAUAUGAACAUAUAAAUCAGCUGUUCAGAAUCAAGCCAAAGUUUUCUGCAUCAACUUUUCUUUAUCAUAUACAUGUAUAUAAAUGCAUAGGUUAAGGAAAUAGGAACCUGAAACUGUGGAAUACUACAGAAUAUAACCUAUUUUAUGUUUUGAUGAACGCUAUCACAUUUUUUUUGGUGCAUUAUUUGCCCAUUACAUUUUAGUAACACCUUUGCUGAGUCUUCUUGUUAUAAAACAUUCAAAUUCUGAUGUACGUUAUUGAAAAAUGAGGAGUAACUCAGAAAUAAAGCUUAAUGAUAUAAUCAAGCAGAUAUGAGAAAUAUUUUUGAAAGAAAUUAGAAGAUUAAAAGGGGGAUUAGUGAAAUUAAUGCAACUGGUAACAUGCUGUAAUCAUAUAGUACCCUUUAAAAUAGAAAGUCUAUUCUGAUAUUUUAAUAAACAGCUAAUGGUUGAAAGAA